ACCGGCGAGCGGCCCGGUCGAGAGAUCUGAGAAUUCUGAACGCACUCCCCUACCGGAGAUGGAGAUCCCCGCCGCUGCCAUCCACCGCCUCCAGUCCUCCAUUCGCGAGGCCGCCUCCGCGCCUCCUCCCUCCCCCUCCCGCGCUCCCUUCCCCUCCUUCGCCGACGCCGUCGCCGCCUUCGACCCCGAUGCGUCGCCGGAGCUCUUGUGCGGCCGCUGCGGCGCCGCGGGCGGCCUCCUCCGUGGCGCGCAGUCCGCCGUCUGCGCCUACUGUGGGUCUCCUAGGCGAGAGGAGGACGAUGGUAUCGCGUUCCGACGCAGUGCGGCCUACCGGUGGCUGCUCGGCUCUCUCCGGCUGGAUGGAUCCGAACCUGUAGAAUUUGAUGGUGACUCCACGGAUUCAAAUAAAAGCAAUGAGGCGCCAAAGAGCGGGGUGGUCUUAUCUGAUCUUCUGGACUUAAGACUUACUUUCCCCCCUGAGAAUAGGGAAAUAUCCGGAAGUUCCAUGAGCAACGAACAACCAUCGGUUGCAUCCACACUAAAUUUGCCCGGUGUUAACCUGGACUCAUUUUUCAUUGAAAGAAAAGAGGAGACAGCUGCUGCAGCUCUUCCUGGAACUCAUAAUGUAGUGCAGGAAAAGCAUAGCACACAUCAAAUGGAAACUACUACAGCCUUUGCAAAUUGGGAUGCUGACUUUCAGUCUACUGACUCAGAAAAUGUUGUUGGAGACUCCAAGCAACUUGACCUAUUUAAGGGAGCGCCAGUUGCCGAGUCUUCUAUUUUUCCAGCUUCUGGGGCUGCCAUCUCCCCGGUAUUAGCUGCUGGAAAUGAAAUGGAUUUGAGAAGUACUGGCCUAGAACAUUCAGAAGAUUUGGCUUCAGCAAGUGGCACAAUUAAUAAAGAUAACCUUUUUAUUCAAAAGUCUGUCCUGGCCAUUGUCGAGAGUAACAGUGGGCUGGUUGCUGAAAACAGUGUUACUGAGUUCACUGGGUCCUCCCUUAACGAGAAUUCAGUUCAGAGCAAUCAAUUGCAUGGAAGGGGUGACAGCGGAGUCAGCAUUGAGGAAGCUUUUGACGAGUGGCAAGAAUUUACAGGAGGUGGAAAUCAGGGCACACUAUCAAAUACCGGAGAACAUACAGAGGGCGACUCCUCACAAAUAAAAAGAACGGAUUCCUUGGCAGUAAGAAGCAUGGAAUCAUCUAAUGAUGUUGCAGGCAAUUCUGAUGAUUGGCAAGCUUUUGCAUCUAUUUCUGCUGAAGGAGGAGAUGUGAUGAAACUGGUGGAAGGAUCAUCAAGUGGUGAAGGAGGCUGUGAUUUUGGGAACCCUGUUACAGAAACAUCAAUCUCACCAGAACAUUCUUUAGAAACUAAUUCUGUUGAUUUGUGGCCUGUUGGUAAUGUCAAAGAACAUACCACUACAGAAAUUAUUAAGCAAACUGAUGAUGCAAGUGAUGACUGGCAAGAUUUUACCACAUCUGGCCAAGCAGAGGCUGCUUCAUUCAAUCAAGCUGGACAGCUGACGGAAGUUCCACAUUUCAGUCACAGAGAAAUGGAUGUAGGCUCAUGGUUCGCAGACAAUAAUACUAGGGAAUCAACAAACAUUGACUUAGUAAAUGGGAAUAAGAUAACACUGGAUGAUUGGCAAGGUUUUGCUGGUUCAGAUCAAACACAGCAAAGUUCAUAUAAUGUAGGUGGAGAACUGACGGAUAUUUCAUUUGAGCAGCAUGAAGGAACUGGUCCUGUGCAACUAUGGGCAAAUGCCAGCAGUAAUGCCACAAAUACUGUUUCAACAAAUAUAAAAGACGAUACAUUUGAUAUCUGGCAAGAUGUCACCACGUCAAGUCACCAACAAGAAAACAUACCUAAUGUUUGGAGAGAAGUGUCUGGUGUAUCAUCUGAGCCUGCUCAAGAAAUUGACUCCAGGGAUUUGUGGCUAACCAGCAAUGUCAAGGAAUCUAAUAGUAGCAGCAAAGGUGCAAGUAGAAUUGACGACUCAUCUGAUGGAUGGCAAGAUUUUGCUAGUUUUGGUCAAGCACAAGGAAAUAUAAAGAUUCCUGUGGAAGUACAGUUCCAAAAAGAUUUUUCAGGAAUUGAACCUGUGAACUUGUGGUCUUCGAGCCAUACGGAGCAAUUUAAGAACCUUGAACAGAUAAAUCAAAAUAAUGAUCCAUUUGAUGGCUGGCAAGAUUUAAAAAAUUCCACUCAAUUGGAAACAAACUUGCAAGAACUGCCACAUGAUCCAUUGUCUGACAAGCCCUCAUUAUCUGCGAUUGAUAUACUAGGGCUGGAAUCUGGGAACUAUGCACAGUAUGCUCCAUCCCAAAGCCAAAUAGAUAAAAAGGAUAAUUCUAUGGAAGCAAAUGCAGUUCCAUCUGGUGAACACUUGGAAAGGAGGAACAUAAUGCCACACAUGGGUGAUGAUGAUGCACUGUCUGCAGUAUGGGCAACGAGUCAUGAAAAUAACUCCAGACCAAAAUCAGAAGCUGGUAAUUCAAAUGUAGAGAAGUUGCUGUCUCAGAUGCAUGAUCUAUCUUUUAUGUUGAAAGAUGAACUUUCAGUACCUGAUAAACCAGUGGAUUCCUGAAGUUCAUAGCAGCAAUUUGUUAUCUGCUACCUAUCUGCCAAGACAGACUGAUCGUGGAGCUGUAGCGUUUCCCUUGAGGAACCAGCCACGUGAAAUAUCUCACGUGGUCAAUUUAUGUGGCGAACAAUCCUGUUUUCCAUUGGAAUGUGUGCCAUUUAUAUCAGUGCAUUGAUCGGUGGAGGAUUUGAGCAAUUCUCUGUUCAUUUCUCCAAUUAGUUAGAAGAGAAGUGCAGACCCUGAGCCCCAGUUCUUAUAUUUUCUUUCUUUCUGUUACUGCUGAGUUGAGAUUCGAGCGAUGUUUUUUGUUCUGUACCUGCAUGUAUAUGUAACAUUUUCGGGCCUGUAUAUGUUGUAUCGGAAGAUUGAGACGAUA